UGGUGCUUUGGCCCUGCCCUGCCCAGCCCGGCCCGGCCCUCUGCCCGCGCGCCCGCACCUCACCGGGUUGGAGCCAGGCAACGCAUUGUUGUUGUUGCUGCACUUGCUGCUCCUCUUCCUCGUCCCUCGUCCCUCGUCUCUCCUCCUCCCCCUCCUCCCCCUCCUCCGCUACUGCUGCUGCUUGGCUUGGCCUCGCCCUUGGGCUUGGCUUCGCUUGCUCUCCACUGCUCUUCUUCGUCUGCUUCUUCUUCUUCCUCUUCUGCUGUUUCUGCAAUCGAUCACUUCGUGGAACUUUACUUCGAUCCUCGCAAUCCCGUCUUGUGGAGGCUAUUUCAAGUACCUUUCCUCCGUUCGCACGCAGACGAGUCCGCAGAAAGGCGGAAUCACGUAGCGUGCGAGCGAGGCUUCUUCAGCGGAGUUUGGGAGUUUGUUUCGGUGGAAAAGGUUGAAGGGAAGAGGAGGCGCCGGGCGACGAUAGCGAGGGCUCUGGAACCAUGUUUUUGUUCGACUGGUUUUACAGCGUGCUUGCCACCUUAGGGUUAUGGCAGAAGGAGGCCAAAAUCUUGUUCCUCGGCUUGGACAACGCCGGCAAGACCACGUUGCUGCACAUGCUCAAGGAUGAGAGGUUGGCCCAACAUCAACCGACGCAAUAUCCUACUUCGGAGGAGUUGAGUAUCGGAAAAAUCAAGUUCAAAGCAUUUGAUCUGGGUGGUCACCAGAUCGCCAGGCGAGUGUGGAAGGAUUAUUAUGCCAAGGUCGACGGUAUCGUCUACUUGGUAGAUGCUGCUGACAAGGAGAGGUUUUCGGAGUCGAAGAAGGAGCUGGAUGCUCUGCUGUCUGACGACUCGCUUGGUCAGGUGCCUUUCUUAGUUCUCGGGAACAAGAUUGACAUCCCAUAUGCCGCUUCGGAAGAUGAAUUGCGGUAUUCAUUGGGUCUAAGCAAUUACACUACUGGCAAGGGCAAGGUGAAUCUGGGAGAUUCCAACAUUCGACCUAUUGAAGUCUUUAUGUGCAGUAUUGUGCGGAAGAUGGGCUAUGGCGAGGGCAUCAAGUGGAUGUCACAGUACAUCAAGUAGUUUCUGACAAUAGGUGACAAAGCUUGGAGCAUAAAAGGUCUAGAGGGUUUUUUUGUGAGAGAAGGUUGCAGUUCGGUGGAUAUUAUGAUGAGUUCUUGUUUCGAGAUGGUGCAUUGUAGGGUGGGGCUCGAAAUGCUUUCUUCGUACAAAUUGUAGACGUCAUUUAGUAUUACUUUGGACUUCGAUCUAUAGAUGUUAGUCUGUCAACGCCACUGGCAUGCUCACGUCAUGCUCUGGGUGGGUGCUUUUGAGAUACGCCUUUUGAAGUAAUGAUUUUUGUUUUAGCAUAUGGAAGAUCAGUUUGUGGUAAGCUGUCAGGUUCGUGUCUUGUUUCUUCAUAGUAAAACAGAUUGAACUCCUUAAGGUUGUCUAGUUACUGACCCGAACGGAGAACUGAAGUGCAGUCUGCCUCUCUACCAGUGAGCAGCGAGGUUGUCGACGUGCUUCGGGUUAGUAGCAAGCGUAGCAACAGUGCCGAUGCUUUACAUAGGGCAGGUGUAGUAGGUUCCUUAAACUUGUUCGGCUAUUUGGUAACGCUUUCAAACCAUCCUGUAAAAUCUAUUGCUUUUAAGACACUGACUCAGUUGGGUAUCGUUGUGCCACGAAAUAAACAGUUAUGAAAACAAUUAAGGCUAA